UCCCAUUAUCUGUUCAAGAAAAAAAAAAAGUACUCCUGAUCCUGCUCGCAGAGCGAAGACCCUUUGCACUCUAGUGCGUCUUUUGGUCGCAGUGGCAGUCGCAGCCAGGGCAAAAUAAGCCAUGGCUGGAGCAUGCACGAAGCCCAUCGGCGGCGUGCCGGCGCUGGGGUGGUGGCUCAUCGCCGCCGGCACCUUCCGCUCCGCCUACACCUUGUCCUGCUUCUUCGGCUCCGCGGCGAUGUGCUCGGUCAUCUACUCCGACAUGCCGAUGACCGAUGAACAUGGGCGAACGGUCGCGGUGUGGACUCUGCUAUCGUGCACGCUGUGCUUCCGGUGCGCCUUCAACAUCGGCAGCAAGCCGAUCUACGCGGCCACCUUCCUGUCCUUCUUCUAUGCCCUCGGCUACCUAACCAUCGAGUGCCUGGUGUACCAUACCAUCCAUGCAGCUAGACUCUCCCUAGUCAUCCUCAUCGCAGGGACAUCCAUGAUUUGGAUGCUUCUUCAGUGGAACUCUAAUGGCCAUGAAACCCGGCCCCAUGAGGCUGCCAAGCAGCAAUGAUAUAUCAUGGUUCUUUUCCUGUCAAAAUAAAAUAACGGGCGUUGUUGAAGUAUAAGUAAACUGUCCGUCUUUCCUUAUAAGCUUAAACUUUUGGAUUGAGUUGGUUGGUGCAUGCAACUCAAUAUGAUAUAUCAGAACGCAAUUAAAUAAAAUAAUUACAACUGACU